CCAAACGUGGCCUCCUGCGUUUUUGGAACUGCGGUCUCCCAAGUGAUCUGUCUGUCAUAACAAACAUAGUAUCCUAUUAGCAGAGGAAGGGAGGGGGAGAUCUAUCAUAGGACUGAACAAAAUAUAGCUUUUGUGUGUGCAAAAAGACACGGAUGCAGGAAUUUUCUCUUAACGCAGUGAGCCAGUGAAAUACUAAAAAAUGGGGGCUUUGUGUUUCUCAGGGUCAGGGAGAAAGAGAGUGAGAGGGGUCUGCAGUCGCUAAGAGUAGUAGCAGAAGAAAUAUAUAGACAUUGAGAGAGAGAGAGAGAAAGAGAGAAACUUAAACAGGAUGGGAGGGGUUGAAGGAAGAAGAGUAAGCGAGGAACUAAAACCAUAUGGGUAUUUCGGGCUUUGCGCCGUCGGAGGAAUGCUCAGUGCCGGCACUACCCAUCUCGCUAUCACUCCUCUCGAUGUCUUGAAAGUCAACAUGCAGGUGCACCCAGUCAAGUAUAACAGCAUUUACUCAUGUUUCACUACCCUAUUGAGGGAACAAGGCCCUUCUGCCCUGUGGAGAGGUUGGGCUGGCAAGUUCUUUGGAUAUGGUGUUCAAGGAGGCUGUAGAUUUGGUCUAUAUGAAUACUUCAAGAGUCUCUACUCCAAUAUCUUGGUAGACCACAACAGAAGUGUCAUUUUCUUUGUUAGCAGUGCAUCUGCUGAAGUAUUUGCCAAUAUAGCUCUCUGCCCAUUUGAAGCGGUUAAAGUACGGGUUCAAGCGCAGCCCCUUUUUGCUAAGGGUUUGCUUGAUGGCUUUCCCAAGUUAUUUGCAUCAGAAGGCCUCCUUGGAUUUUACAGGGGACUUGUGCCACUUUGGGGUCGAAAUCUUCCAUUCUCCAUAGUAAUGUUCUCGACCUUCGAGCAUUCUGUUGAUUUUCUUUAUCGAAAGGUUGUUCAGAAAAGAAAGCAGGAUUGCUCAAAAAUUCAACAGCUUGGAGUAACAUGUUUGGCUGGCUAUGCUGCCGGAUCCAUUGGUAGCUUCAUUUCCAAUCCUGCUGACAACAUUGUUGCUUCUCUUUAUAACAAAAAAGCUGAUAGCCUCAUGCUGGUGGUGAAGAAAAUUGGGCUUUUCAAUUUGUUUACAAGAAGUCUUCCUAUUAGGAUAAUGUUGGUCGGACCUGCAAUCACUUUGCAAUGGUUAUUCUAUGAUGCCAUCAAAGUUCUAAGUGGACUGCCAACUAGUGGAGAAGUUACAACUGACAUCAGAGUAGAUGGAGCAGCAGCCUAAGAUCAUGUAAUCUUCACAUCCAACACACAGUGACAGUACCAUAGGACUUUUGUGAUGGCAACUUUUGAUUCUUUGCCAUCAGUUUUCUUUUGGAUGCAACAAUUUUAUUUUUAUAGACAAAUCACCUACUUGGAAGCUAAAAGCUAUCAUGUAGUUCAACUUAGAAGGAUGGUGGGAACUCGUAGUUCAACUUACGAGUUCCAAAUUCUACAUCUGCAAUCUGGCCGGAUACCUAGAGCUUUUUCUGCAAUGUAAAAUUUAUAUACAAGGCUGCUUCUUCAUAUUUGGUAUAUUAUUGCUAAUACUGCUCGGUUACAGUUUAGGAGGCUGUUGAAAUGGGUUGGACUGGCACCCUUUCAUUUAUGCCGAUCUACAUUUCAUA